CAUCGCAUCCGGACAAGUGCCAUUCAAUUUCCACCUCUAAGAGCAGUCUCUAGACUCGACAAAUUCAAGCUAAACGAAAAUAAAAAUGGGUGAAAUUACCAACGAAAACAUUAUUUGGACCAUCAAAAACGGAGAGUUCGAUGCCGUACAAGCAGCCUUCCAAAACGAUGCACAAAAAGUGAACGAGGAGAUUAAAGGAAGAUUCCCCAUACAUUAUGCGGCAGAUUUUGGACAGCUCAAAGUACUGGAGCUCCUUAUAAGUAUAGGAGCCGACGUCGAUAGGAAGGACAAACACGGUAUUACCCCGAUUUUGGCUGCCAUUUGGGAAGGACAUACAAGCUGUGUGGAAUAUCUUCUUAAAAAGGGAGCAAGCAAAAACGGUUCUACUCCAGAUGGCCAAAGUUACCUUGAGGCAGCGGAAAAAGACGAAAUUAAAAAAUUACUUUCAUAAAUUAUAGAUGUAAUUUAAAGAUACACCCU